AUAGAACAUAUUCAAAACUGACGAGAGGGUUGUUGAGUCAUACAUGUUAUCUCUAGGUGCUCCUGGUAAUCGCAGCAAUCUAGCCAUCAUUUUCUCAUCAUCAUUCUUAUGUUAUCUUCAUUGUUUCAUACCACACGAUAAUCGGUCAUUGGAUCCACUUUUUACUCCUCUCCAAGAUUAUCACGUCAUCGUCUGAUCCGCAGCAGACGUCGUUGGUUCAUUCCGUUCAUGGUUCUGCUCUCCCUCGCUCGAACUGCUCGUUCUCUCCGUUUAGAAUUGGUGAAUGGAUGUUUGUUUGAUUGCAUUUUGCCCAGUGGCUUUUGUGGUGUUUUGGCGUGCGACUCCAGGCAAUUAUGUACGUUGAAUUCUCUUUGUUGUGCUUGCACAUGCAGACGUGAAUGGAACGAGAACAUGCAACUUCUAUUGGAAAUGCACAUCUUUAUUUUUUAUCAUUAGUGAUGACAAUUUAUGAUUUAAAGUGAUGGUGGAUUGUAUUCUGACGAAAUGACAGUUGAGCUGGUUGGCAGUAUCCCCAUUAACCAAAGAGCAAGAAUAACCAGAAUAACCCGAGGCUAAGGAAUUACUUGUUUAUUGUUUUUUCCUCUAUAAAAAAAAUUGCUAUAGCUUUUGCCAAUUUUUGGAAACCCCAAGCCUUGGGCUUUGGUCUGAACUUGUGAUAUGACCAAAUCUUCGUUUGAUUUCCGUCGAAUGAGCCUGGACAGGACGAUAAUGGCUAAACCGGUGAUUUUCUUGGUCAUUUUAGCUGGAAUUUUGAUGCCGUCUGUAGAUGGUCAACUUCUCCAACCAAACAGGGAUGACGUUUGCAAUAUUGUAUCCUGCGUUGGUUGGUGUGAGUGUACAGGGGCUCAAAUCGACAUUUCCGCUUUUGGAACAUCGCUCUUCAACAACUUCUGUUCACUUAAGAAAUUUCACGGCUUUGGAACGUGUCCCAACGACCCGGAAAGAGCAGUAAUAGCUCUGGACCCCGGUAUAAACCUGAGAAAUUGCGAGCAUUCGAGGAUAAAUCCCCUCAUCUACUUCAAGAACGAGACGAACGGUACACACUACGCUCUCCGCGCUUGGGACUCUGCCCAACCUGACAGCUACGUGUUGCUGAGCGAGUUCUGCGCACCACAGUGCAACCCACAGUGUGGAUUAACCUUACCGCCAACGCCUACGCCAGCUCCUCCAAUGACGACUCCGAUGACGACUGGUCGGUUGAUUGAUAUUCCAAUAGAGAGUCCGCAGCCAACGGAAAAGUCGGAUUCUGGUUUGACUGCCUCUGAAAUGCGAACACUGGGUAUUGCCGUGGGCGUCGCCUCCGUUAUUCUUCUCAUCUGCAUCAUCGCAUUCUUUGUGUAUUGUUUAAGGAGAAACAGGAACAAGGAUCGUGGUCCAAAACUUCCCCCCAGAGGUCACCUGCCAUCCCUCCAUACCCAAGAGUAUGCAACGGUAGAAGAAAUACAAAUGACUUCAAGUCCUGGCAGAGGUGGCGCGUAUCCAAACGGGUUAUAUCGAAGCGAGAGCCUGUCUGCAAUCAACUCACUUAAUCCUGGCACUAUGCAUCGGUCAGUAUCCGACAUUGCACUUCUUGGUGACCCACCUAAUCCACCAGUACGUCAGAUGAGCCUUCUACCGGGGGUCAAUCCAGCAUUAGCUGAUAUGACCGAUGGCCGUUCUGCUCCCCAGGAUGCUUACGGAUACACCAAGUACCUACCCGAGACUGAACCACAAGGGUUACCUUACAUGCAUCUCAAGGUAGCACCAUCCAUCUCAGAUCCUGAAAAUCAGCACAGAACUCCUCAAAAACCUCACCGGUAUAGGAGCAACACGGGCGAUACUCAUGCAAACAGUGCCGAUGUGGAACGGGUUCUCGAUAGAAUCAAGGCUCGUCAGGCCUUGAAAGAUGGCAACAACAGGCGGUUUGUCCCGAACCAAUCUGGGAGAGGUCGAAGUUCGACGCUUGGUGAGGAUUACAAUCGUUUAACCAGGGGCGGUGGACAUAGGGGUGUGCCUCGCUCGAGAAAGCACGAUUCAGCUGCGUUUACGCCUGUUCCUGUGUACGGACAGUAUCAGUCGAGGCCAAGAAGAUCACCAGAAAGCGUGCGCAGGUGGAGGUCCUUGCCGGAUAUGACCGAUGGAGGACAGGCGCCGUCUACUCUGCAAGCUGAUACCGAUAGUGGCGAUGAGAAUGCACCAGUUUAUCAUCUGCUUGAGAGGAGUCCAGCCAGCUCGAUUGGAGGUUAUAGUAAAAGAGAAACCUACCAGCUACCCAAUGAGGACGAUGAGAGGGUUCUUCCUCAGUCAAAGACACGGGGCAGCCGAGGGAGCGGACGUGCAGCAUCCGAGUCUGGUUCACAUCGAUCACCAUCACAUGGUAACACAAUGGAUGAACGAUACGAUCCUGUUUAUGAAUCUCGACUGAGUGGUCCGAAAGUCCCCCAGUCACCGUCGGAGUACCAACCACUUACAUCCCUCCACCCAGAGUACCUAGAUUUCGAUGACCAUCCAGCCACAGAUGAGGCGUUAGAUAGCGAUUCAUAUCUUAGGCCAAAGGAUUCCAAACGGUCUUCAAAGGAGAAUGGAAGACUAAGCGGUGGCAGGAGUGGGAUGCACUCACCAGACGCACCAAGUAACGGCCAUGUGCACCAUAACAGCCAAGAUAAGGCAUACAUCUACGGAAGUGACAAUAACAAUCUCUCGGAGAAGAAACAACCAUCAAGAACUGUCGGAGGAAACCAAUACGCUGCUCUAAAACUAAGACGGAACGAUGACAGUUAUGACAAUUUGAACGAUGAAGAUGAUGAGAUGGAGAAUGGAGAAUACAUGUAUCAUCCGGCUGGUCCCGAUAUCAUGGCUUAAAACUACCCGGAUCAUUCUCAAUGAUCUACCUUUAAGUAUUUGUAAAUAAUUAUUUAUUAUGUUAAGAUAUUAUUCGUAUGUCACAUACCUUGGACGCCUUUUUUCACAUAUUACGAUUGUCGAGACUGUUUUCGAAAUAAGGAUUGUGUUACUGCAGAAAUUAUUGAUAAAAGUUGAGAAAGGGGUUGAAAUAUUGUUUAAAAAGGAGAAUUUAUUCACAAAAUGUACACCGAUAUUUUUUUCCUUUCUUCUUCCUCGUAUUGUUCACCUUUUUCGAUUUUCAUUCCUCCUCUUCCUUCCCAUUCCUCUUCUCCUCCUCCUCCUUCUUCUUCUAUUUAUUUUCUUCUUCUCCUUCUUCCUCAUCGUAUUCUUCUUCUCUGUCUUUUCUAUCUAUCCUUCAGGUACUGUUAUCAUUUUAUUUUGAAAUAAUUUUUGAUGUAAAAAAUUGUGAAUCGAUAUGUGCCUAUUCUGCAUGAUUGCUUGUGAUAUUUUCAGUUUUAAGAUCGAAAUGUGCGUAAACUCAAUUAAUGCACCCAUGGUGUUCUUAUCUUAUAGCUGUAUAUAGCAAGCACACACUUACAUAUUUUAGAGGCGAUUAAAUGUUAUAUGCUGCGUUAACAGUUGGUACUUGACUUGUGAGUAAACUUGUCCGUUGUAUAAAAUAUAUGGU